AUGGCUGGUUUCCACUUCACUGAACAAAAGUUGGGCAAUGAUCUUGUCUCGUCUAUUUCUAGUCUUCUCGACUCAAUAAAUGUCCCAAACCUUCUCUGGGGCAACUAUCUACUCACUGUUUAUGGAGUUCCCACGAUUGUGGAUGAAGCAGCUUUUGUUAUUCCGGAUGAUCUCACCCAGGUCGCAUUCUCUUCACUCAUGAGUGCUGGGUUUUUACCCUGUAACCAAAGCUCGGGCUGUCCGCAUUCAGAUACCUUACGAGUCCCACCGGCAUUCAAGCACCUGCAUAUUAAUGAUGAGCUUGUGGUCUCGCUUUAUCGGAAAUCUGAUGUGCUAUGGGAGUUUGAAGAUCUAAGGUACUUGCCUGAGAAAAAUCCAGAUAUCAUGAUUGCGUCGGACGAUCGACUCCCGUCGGCAUCUCUAGGUCGUGGCCGAGGACGCUUCUCGUCGCAUCCUUGUACCGUGAAACUCCCUUGUGCUGUGAGAUAUUGCGAGGCCCUGAUUCUGUUGCUUUGCCGUGACUACGAUUCUUCUUACGAGACUUAUUGGUUGGCUAUUCUGAGCUAUAUGUUGGAGUAUGUCGACGGUACGGACAUUUUGGAUGAAAACAAGCUGCAAGAAGGUUACAGAAAGUUUUACCAUGCCCUCAAACAGGGAGAUCCUGAGAUGUAUUCAAUGCUGGAUGAGCUCCGACUCAGCUUGAUUGAAGAGCGUCGCCUCCCAAUGAUAAAUGAUUAA